CUCCUACUCCUCCUCCUCCUCCUACUCCUACUCCUCCUCCUACUCCUACUCCUCCUCCUCCCUGUGGACCCGGUCCGCACGCGCAUGCGUCGAUAACAUGGACCAAUCGUUGGCGUUAUGACGGUGCCGUGUAUCUAGAUAAGUGGCUAUCUGGACUCUCCAACUACCUACAUACAUAACCUACAUCCUCUAGUACUGCAACAGCCUACCCUACGAACCAUCAUAUCUUCGUCGUCGGAUGGCGGUGCAUAUGAUGAAUCGUUGGAUGUUUUUUUUUCUUUUGUUUUUUUUCUCUCGCCAGAGAGAUGGAAAAAGUUGCUUCACCCGGUCACACCCACACCCUCCUCCCAGAACCUCCAUGGAUGGUGGUUGGGCAUGUGCAUUUUUUAUGCGGUUUAUGCACCCUCCACCAUCCACCCACCUUCCACCUUCCACCUUCCAUCAUCCGGAAUCCGUCCCCCCCGUCCCCUCGUACUCGAGCGCGGAGCCUGGCGGUACGGACACGUCACAUAGGGUGGUGGUGAUGGUGGUGCGCAGUGAUGGUGGUGCUCAGUGGUGGUAAUGGUAGCGGCGGUGGUGAUGGAGGUGGUCAGCAGUCACCGAUGCUCUGUCAUCAAUUGCAGGUCUUGGUCUUGGACUUGGUGGCUGGAUCCCGCGCAGGCAGCUUGCUCGUUACCGACCAGCCGACUCGAUCCCUUCCCUCCCUUUCCUUCUCUCCCUCUCUCACCGGUAACCCUGACGAAUUUUAGUUCGACGCCAGCGCGAUGAACCCCAAAAUUUCGUCAGGGCUCUGGUGCUUUGCUCAAGCGGGCUUAGUUGGUCGGGGUAUGGCAGUCGAGUUGUCCGCUAAUUGGAAGACUGCUAGUAUGUCCUCUAUGUAGGCAUGCAUAGGAUCACUCUACCCGCGCUUUGGGCAAUCCGUCGAUUGAUGAUGAUGCUGAUGAUGAUGCUCGUUCUUCGGAGAUUUUGUCCUUCGUGGAUUGGAUGGGGAUGGUGAACGCCACGGACCU